AAAAAAAAAAAAAAAAAAAAAGAAGUCCCACACCGGAAAGCCGCGCCGGACUCACAGCUCUGGAUUAGUCCCUCAACAUACAACAGCUCCAUCAUUCCCCUCCCCUCCCGGGAGAGUCGCGCACCUCCAUCCUUCACCCCYUCAUUCAGGACUUGGCUGCAGAAAUCUGCUCCUCAUCUUGAGCGAGGAGAAGAGGGCUUAGAUCUGCGGAGCAACACAUUGCCUACAAUGGCAACCGGUGCGCUACUUCUUGCCUGCGCGCUGCUUGCUGGUGUUGCUGUGUCUCAGAGAGUUGUGACAGUCCAGAGUGGACCUAUAAUUCGAACCGAAGGCUCCCAUGUGACCAUCUGGUGCAACGUGACUGGCUACAAAGAGGGGAGGGUGCAGGACUUUGAGUGGUCCGUCUACCUGCCGUCAGUGCCUGAUCGGGAGAUCCGCAUUGUGAGCACGGCUCAGUCGAACUACGCUUACGCUGUGUAUGCCCAGCGGGUGAACGAUAAAGAGAUCUUUGUAGAGAGGCUGAGCCAAGACGCAGCGGUGCUCCACAUCACCAAAGUUCUGGUCAAGGACCAGGGCCUGUUUGAGUGUUACACACCCAACACAGAUGGGCAAUACCUGGGAUCCUACAGUGCACGCACCAACCUCACAGUCAUUGCUGACUCGUUGACYGUAUCAGCGCCGCCUCAGACUCUGUCCAAAGUGGAGGGUGACACGUUACAGCUCACCUGCGAGGUGUCUCGGACCACAGAGCAGCACACUCACUUAUCAGUUGGGUGGUAUCUGAGGUCCCCUGAGGACGCGUCUGCCCCACCUCAGGAGCUGGUCACCUUGUCAAGGGACUUUGUUCUGCGCUCCGGAGGACCUUAUCGGCAGAGAAUGGCAGCUGGGGAUCUCAGGCUGGAUAAGACCAGCGCCACGGCCUACAGGCUGACGAUUCACAAGCUGCAGCCCGUGGACCAGGGGCUGCUCUACUGCCAGGCCACCGAAUGGAUUCAGGACACGGACGGGAGCUGGUUUGCCAUGACCCGCAAGCAGAGCGAGAAGGCCCAACUUCGAGUUCAGCCCACUGAUCGAGACUUCAGCAUCCAGGUGAGCACGGAGCGACGGUCCUUCACGGCCGGUGAGCCGCUGGAGCUUCGCUGCACCAUCGAGGCGCAGAACGUCCCCGAGCGUUUUUUCUCGGUGUCGUGGGUCUUCAGCAGCUCACCGGUGGCCGUGGUGGGCCCGAGCGCCGUGCCCGUCCUGGGCCCCGAUUACGUUGACCGCGAGGCCGCCGGUCUCGUGACCGUGCGGAAGGAGAGUCCCAACGUGCACCUGCUCAGGCUGCAGCGCCUGCGCCCCGAAGAUGCUGGGAAGUACAUCUGCCGAGUCACAGAGCGGGAAAAGACACCGACUGGGGACUUCAUCGACCGCAGCAAGAGGUCCCGAAAUGUCCAGAUCACAGUUCAACCACUUAAGAGCAACAUCACAAUCUCGCUGUCCAGCAACUCCUCUGAGGUCCUAGAAGGCGACCCGAUCCAUUUGACCUGUUUGGUCCAGUCCACUACGGGCCCACUCUCCGUUGUCUGGCAGUGGAUGGACAAGCAAACAACCGGGCCGAUCCAGGAAGUGGCCUCKCUGGACCGGGAGGGCUCUGUGUUUCACGGCCCCGCCUACAGAGAGCGCUCCAGUUACGGAGAAGUUCGCGUGGAGAAAGUUCGCCCUGACACAUUCACUCUGUCGCUUUACAACGCCUUACCUGGGGACGAGGGUCAGUACCACUGCACAGCUACCGAGUGGCUUCGAACCGGCGGGGAACAGGAUUUAAACUGGGAGAAGAUUGGAGAAGUCUCGGACACCAAGACAAUUACCGUCAAGACUGUUGAGUCUUCCUUCAUGGUUUCAGCCUCAUCGCGGACACCGUCUGUAUCAUUUGGUGACUCAUUUGACCUCCUCUGCCUGGUAAAGCCUCGCCACAACCCACAAGUCCCCACGUCCGUCACCUGGCGCUUCCUGCCCGCCAGCACCCGAGCCGAAGACGAGGAUCGGGGAGACUUCAAGGACCUGGUGACGUUCACCCGUGAAGGCACGCUGCAGUGGGGGGAGCAGCUGCUCGGGUUAGGCACCCGCACCACGGUGGACCGCUCGCACUCCAACACAAACUUCCGCCUGUCGGUCACCCGAGCGGGACGUCGCGAAGCCGGGAAGUACCAGUGCACCGCCGUCUUGUGGAGGAAGAACUACGACAACAGCUGGAGCAGAGUGGCCAACCGCACCUCCAACCUGCUCGGCAUCAGCGUCCUACAGCCAGAGAGUAGGCUAAAAGUGCAGAAGAAUGACCAGUCUCUGGCCUUCCUGGAGGACAGCCGAGUCCGGAUCAACUGUUCAAUCACCUCCCAGACCAGCCAGGACUCCCAGCACGCUGUGCUGUGGUACGUGAGACGUGCAGCGGGGUCAGAAGCAGACGAGCUCCUGCUGAGGAUCGAGCGCACAGGGGCCUUCGAGUACGGCGCCUACGCGGACGAGGAGCGACUCCGGCGGCGAGUCCAGUCAGAGCGGCUCUCGCCUCGCCUCUACGUGCUGACCCUGAACCGGGCGGAGAGCAGCGAUUCAGGGACAUAUUACUGCCUGGUGGAGGAGUGGCUGAGCGACCCCGACGGAGCCUGGUAUCGCCUCUCUCGGGAGUCCUCAGGGUACACCCAGGUUCUGGUCAGACAGCCAGAGGUUCGAUUGCAUGUGGAAGAAUCCGAGACGAACGUGACCGUAGAGGAAUCUGGUUCAAUACGACUAGGCUGCAGCAUUCCCUCGCAGUCGUCUCCAGACUCACGGUUCUCCGUGUUCUGGUAUGUGGAGCACUCCGAGGAGGAGAACGCCGAGGACCAGCCGGGCGAGGAAGAAGACAGCAAACGGCAGUGUGUGUUUUCCAUCGGACACGAUGCCAUCUUUGGAAACGGGAACUGCAGCCCUCGGGAGGAAGCCGAGCUGGAUUCCCGCUUGCAGUUUGAGAGGGCGACGUCCGACCAAUACAGCCUGACCAUUCGUGAAGCCCGACCAAAAGACGCGGGCCGUUACUACUGCCACGUGGAGGAGUGGCUCCUCAACCCUCGCAAUGUGUGGUAUCGCCUGGCCACCAAUAACUCUGGGUUCACCAUCGUCAAUAUACAGCCACGAG